AUGGACGCUAGUGGAAGAGGAUUUGAAGUUGGAAAAAUUACAAUGUAUUGUCCUUUUUGCGGUUCGGGAAUAAACCCCGAAACGACAUUCUGUAGUUCGUGUGGAAAGAAUAUAACAUUCCUGCGUGAUGUCCAAAAACCAAGCACAAGUCAGGGAGGCAUAAAAGAAGAGGGUGCACUGGAGUCGUUCCGGAAUUUCAGGAUAUCAAAAGAGAAGGAGAGGCAAUUAAGUUUCAAAAAGAAAAAAGAACCGCUGAAAGAAAACCUUGUGAAGAUUUCGGUAGGCCUUAUGCGACUGAAAGAUGGAGUCUUGAGUCCUAUGAGAGGAAUGACACUCCCCCUUUCACUCAAACCAAGCUCAGAUGCCAAAGAAUUGCAAAAUGCGGCACUGCAAAAAUUGAAGGCCUUCAACAAAAACUUACCUCCUGGUCCCCACUUUCUGGUGUAUCCUGAUGGUACAAAGAUAGUAAAUAUACCAGGAACAAACACCCCAUUCUCUGUAAAAGACUACAAGGAGGCAGUGGGGAAAGCGUACCAACGCAUCACAGUGUACAUUUGUACAGUUGAAGAUUUCAUGACCUGUUCUCAGGAGGCCACCACAGAUUCCGAGGAGUCCGAUUCAGAGGUGAUCAUCAUGAGCAGUAAGCAAGUUAGCCAGGCUGAAGCUGCCACUGCCGAACAUGAUUAUGCGGCACAUCCACCCCCAGGUGCGCUUGAUAAAGCCCUUGAGACAAUCAAGGAGUUGGAAGCCAGGCUGGAGAAGAUGGAUUUGGUUGCAGUGGGAAUGAAGGAGCAGCUCAUUGCUGACAUGUUUAAAGUGAGCAUUUCUACUGUCAGCCGAGUGACCAUCACAUGGGCCAACUACCUUUUCAUUGUGUUCUCGUCAAUUAACAUGUGGAUUAGUCGGGAGAAGGUGAAAGCCAGCAUGCCUCAAAGAUUUGUGAAGCGCUCUCCAAAUGUGCGUGUCAUCCUGGACUGCACAGAAGUUGCUUUAGAGGGGGCAUCAUCACUAACUUUACAGUCUGAAACCUUCUCUGCGUACAAGAACCGCACCACUCUGAAAGGGCUGAUCAGAGUUGCUCCCAAUGGGUUGGUGACGUUUAUAUCACAGCUGUACACUGGCUGCAUCUCCGACAAAGAGAUCACUAAAAUCAGUGGAAUUCUUCCGCUGCUGGAGCCAGGAGAUGAAGUCAUGGCAGAUAAGGGCUUCCUCAUUCAAGACCUCCUUGAUGAAGUUGGGGCCAAACUCACAAUGCCACCUUUUCGACAUCCUGCUGCAGGCACAGGUCAUUAA